GAAACGGGGAGUGUUCUCAAAAGUGACACUGGGGCAGGGGCCGUGUGGCACAAUGCAAAUGUACUGAGAAGAGUUAACGAGGAGGAAUCAUCAAGAAUGACACUUGUAGUUGUGAGUUACCCAAGACGGGAGGAAGCAUUAUGUUGAAAAAGGAGGAGGGAAAGACUGCAGGCUGUCAGCAUUAUCCAAGUCGCCGCCCUAUGUCUGCAGGGUGACCAUGCCCUGAGGACUCCGUUGUCUCUAGGCAGCUUUAUCCCAUAUGGAGCAGAUGGCUUCAGAUGUGCCCAAGAUGGCAUCGUUAGAUGGGGGAGCUGCCAGCUCUUCCUUGCUGUCCCUGGAAGUGAAUGACACCCAACGUUCUGAGAGUCCGGCCCCUACACUGACUCAGGGAACAGAACCAGGAGCCAGCCAAGAUGAGUCCAUGUUUGUCCACGCUCGAUCUUAUGAAGACCUCACAGGUGAGGAGGAAGAUUCCGUGCCCGGCAGCCCUGGAGCUGAGCCUAGUAGUAUGGAACAGAUCAGCCAGGACUUCAACAAGCUUAGUACCCAACUGAGUGUAACGUCUCUGCAGGACGUUGAGCAGUGCAGAGAAGUAACUUCUGAUUUGGGACCCAGGGACGCUUCUCGUUCCAUAAGCGGAGAUGAAGAUGGAGAUGGAGCUUUCAGAGCAGUAGAUGCCUGGUACCAGCACCAGAAACACGUGUUUGUGCUGAGUGAAGCUGGAAAACCUGUGUAUUCACGUUAUCAUUCGGAAGAGGUUCUUUCAAGCACAGCGGGUGUGAUGAUGGCACUUGUGUCCUUUCUAGAGACAGAGAAGAAUGCUAUCCGUUCCAUCCAUGCAGAUGGCUACAAGGUAGUAUUUGUGCGUCGCUCCCCUCUAGUGCUGGUCUCGGUCUCUCACACUCGUCAGUCAGAACAAGAGAUUUCCCAAGAACUGCUUUAUGUUUACUAUCAGAUACUCAGCCUGCUGACAGGAACCCAACUCCACCACCUUUUCCAGCAGAGGCCCAGUUAUGACCUGCGGCGCCUACUCUCUGGCUCAGAGCGUAUCACGGACAGCCUGUUGGACCUGAUGGACACUGACCCCAGCUUUCUGCUCUCAGCUGUCCGCUGCCUGCCUCUUGCUCCCGCUAUAAGAGACUCUGUUGGCUCCAGCCUCCAGCAGGCUAAGGCCAAAAGCCUUGUCUUUUCAGUUCUAAUGUCCAGGAACCAAUUGGUCAGCCUGGUCAGGAAAAAGGACCAAUAUUUGCAUUCUAUUGAUUUACAUCUGCUCUUCAACCUGGUCACGUGUUCUAGUUCCUUUAGGGAGGGUGAAGCAUGGACUCCUGUUUGUCUCCCUAAAUUUAACCCGUCUGGCUUUUUCCAUGCUCACAUCUCCUACCUAAGCCAAGAGACUGAACUCUGUCUUCUGCUGAUCUCCACUGAUAGAGAGGAUUUCUUCACAGCGUCCGAUUGCAAGAGGAAGAUUGUGGAGCGUCUGGAGAAACGUGGAAGCUGGGGGCCACUCCAAGAAGCUUUAAAAAGCCCAUUCUAUGAUGUCAGCCUCGUUGGUGUUCCUGAACUCAGGCAUUUUCUAUACAAAUCCAAAAGCUCUGGUCUGUUGACCAGUCCUGCGAUGGAAGCUCCCUAUGACACGGAAGGAGAGAAGAAGCGGCUUCUGUCUCUUUACCAGUUUCUACACAGCAAAGCGCACUGCAGCACUCAUCCUCUCAGCACCAUCUACCACAUGGGUCCCCAUGAGAACAUACUUGCCUGGGUAACAGAGGCCUUUGAACUGUACGUCUGUUUCAGCCCACUUGGGACAAAGUCAUCAGCAGUAAGUGGCGUCUCUCGCCUUCUGCGCUGGAUCCGCAAAGAAGAAGAGAGGCUGUUUAUCCUAAAUUCUCCCACCUACUAAAAUCUACUACUACUUAAAAGUAAUGUUGAUGUAAACCAUUAGCACCAACAAUAUAUUUAAAAAUGUUCCCGCACAAAUAUUCCAUCUCAUAGAAAUCUGUCUCCAAGGAGCUGGAAAAGAGAUGAGUUUGAGCGAGAAUCUAAUUUACGUCUCAGUUUUGCCACGGGUCUAAUCUUUUGUCCUCUUACUCAAGCAAAUAUUUCCAAAUGCAAUUAUACUGCUUGGAAAACAAAGUUCACACUAUAGCUGGUAUUAUUUAAUACUUUUAGUUUCAGUUAUAGUGACUUAGUUCAGACCAAAAACUUGUUUUGAACAAGAAAUCUGUAUCUCAAACCUCCCUUGAUGUGCAAUAAAGAUUUUCUUUUAUAUGAUGUGUUAAAUGAAAUAUUGAACCAAUACCAUUUCCUUUGUAGUUUGCAUGUUCUGAGGUACAUGCACUUGGAAUGGAGGAAACCAAUGUGAAGCUAAAACUUUUAAUAAAUACACAUUUUUAAAUACUA